AGCUGUUGAAAAUAGCUAGAAUAGUCCCACUUUCAGCGUUUUGUGCGUUCAAGCACCCUAUAAGUAUUUGCAUUAAUGGUAAUGCAUGCAAGGAAACAGCCCAGACUCGAUGAUGGGUAUAUGGAAAAGAGAGACGCCCAUCCGUUCCAGUCAUCCCAGUACCCAUCAAAGAAUUACGGAAUUGACAGUUAUGCAGACAGAUACAAGCGGGAUGGGGGAAGUUCUGACAGAUGUCGAGACAACAGCCCUUCAAGCCGUCUCAGUCCCAGAUAUCACAACAAAGGCUCUUAUUCUGAGAAAAUUAAAGAAAGAUACGAGAAAGGAUCAAGCAGUUUUCCCGACAGAAAAGCAAACCAUACCUACAGCAAUCAAAGAAGUAACAACCAAAAUGGUAACUACGACAAAGGCAUCAAACAGCUUCGUGAUGUUAAGGAAAAAGAUGGAAAAUCUGAGUCCCAAAAGACACCUGGACGAACCUGUGGAGAUUGGUCAGAGCAUGUCAGUUCGUCUGGUAUGCACUACUACUACAACUGUAAAACUGAAGUAUCCCAGUGGGAGAAACCAAAAGAUUGGAUUGAUGGACCGGGAUCAAAAGGAGAUGUCAAGCCCAAUAACUACAGUCGUGGUGGAGGUACCAGCAGUAGUACUGGGGGAAACAGCAGUGGAGCCAAAGUCAACUACCCAAAUAAAUCCUCUACGGACAAGUCCAAACAUUCCAGUAAUGCUGUGGACCGGACUUUGUUAUCAGAGAAAAACCUCAAACGAAGCAUGUCUGAUAUUAACCCAACAUAUCCCCACAGUGGAAAACCAGACAAAAAAUACAUUAUUGAAAAGUUUCAGGCCAGUCAGCACCUGGCUGUCGAACAACAACACCUACGAGGAGCUAGUCAAUCCUUGUCAUCUUCUCACCAUCGGACUCCUCAUACUUUGGAGCAUAAGCCUGACAAUGCCACAUUAUUUCACAGAAAAGAUAGCUCAGGGAUAUAUCCUGACCCACAAGGCAGCCAGGCGAACAGACGUUACCGUCGCAACAGCGAAGGAAAUAGGUCACACAGUGGUGGUCAAGUGACCCCCAGAAAACAAAAUCAUGACUCACAGAUGGAUGACAUGGAUAUAUCACCAGGAAGUUCACCAUCAAGUUCACGGCGGUCAAGUUGUGCAGGCACACCCCAGUUAGGUCCCAACUCCACACCCAUGUCACUCCCUACGUCUACAGCGGCAGCUCUAGCCGGUAUAGCACCCACAGCCUUGCAAACCUUACAGAGAUUACAAGAGGUGAUAAGUCGACAAAUAGCACAGCAAACUAGUCCUGGAAACCCACCCCAGCAAUCUCCCAGGUCUACAAGUGAUGUGCCGACAUCCCAGACGUCACACCAACCAGCCCAAAGCAAACCCCACCAAAACCCUCAUCAUCAUCAACCAAAUCCUACCCCCACCUCUCACAACUCAAAUAUGCUCCUUAGUCCACAGGGCGUUCACUCUCAUCAUCCCCAACCUCAUCCUCACCCUCAGCCCCACUCCGAUAAUAACAACCAUCAUCAUCAUCACCCUGCUGGCCAGAGAGAACCUCCACACACCCCUGGUGGACAUAGCUCGUCGUCGGUGUACGGCAAGCUCAAUCAAAUCUCUCGCCAUGAUGACGAACAUCAUAUGACAGGGCCAGGUGGAGGUGAGAGCCCACUGUCAGAGACAAGUCAAGGACCCUCCUGUUUAAGUCCAGGAUCCAGCACAACAAGUUCUCAGACAGCUGCAGUGGCACAGGCUGAAUUGUCAGCUGCUGGCAUCACCAAGGAGACAUCUAUGGGCAUCAAUCCAGCUCUUAAAAAUUACUAUAAUGAAAAAUUAAUAGGCCAUGUGUUAGGCUGGCAGGCAGAACAUGCAGAGAGACAGGCCAAAAAGUACAGACAAGAAAAUCUUACUAUAGAUUGUAUGCGAUGCAGUCAAGUGAGUGUGGAACUAAAGCGUGCAAGGUCUCUUGUGCGGAUUGCAGAAAUUCAGUCAACAUUACAUGAACAAAGAAUAUUAUUUUUAGCUCAACAAAUUCAUGAACUAGAGAAUAUGAAGCCUCCGUCAUUUUCAUCAUCACAUUCGUUUACAUCGUCUUCGCAUUCUUAGGACAGUGUCUGUCAUUGUAAUUGAAUUCUUGCUGGCAGAAUUAGGAUCGAGCCAAAGGCCAUCCCUGUAAGACCUCAGUCAGCAGCAGUAGGCAGACUUCUGGAUGAGGGUACAUGGAAUAGUGCCAUACAAAAUGGAAUUGAUCCUCAAAGAAAUCUGGAGACUCUACAGCAAAGAAAUGUGAUUAAUUUAAAGUAUUUCAAUCCAUGAUGUAUUGUUUUUAGUCGUCCGUGAAAAUUUGACUGCAGAUUGAGUGCUUGGAUAGCUGGUGGUGUGUAAGUUGUGAGCAACAGGAUUUUUACCAUUUCUGAAAGCCCUAGCUUUAUAUGAGAAACAUGGUUCUGGUGUUGCAGCAAUGUUUCAUUCAAAUUUUGGAUAAAACUUUUGAGAAAUUAAUUACAUGCAGCUGACUUUAGAAUUUAUUCUGUUUAUAAACGGUUGAAUCUGAAGGGAUAUCAGACACAAAAAAGUGUCUGGACCAUACUUUGUAGGAAUAAAAUGUUAUCAAGGGUUAAACUGUCAAACUUAUCAAAAGGUUUUCUUUUAUAAUAUCAGCUUUUACUAAAUCAAAGCCAAAAUAUAUUCAUAAAUCUAACAAUGUUGUAAUUAUUGAUUUUAAUUGUUUACUUCAUGCUUCCUCAUUGAAUGAAAUAAUUCAUUAAUGUAAACAAAAACAUUUAAAAUGAUUUAUGAUAUAAUGAACAGAGCUGUUUGUACUCCAGUAUGAUGUCUAUGCCAUUCAAAUAUCAGAUAAUCUAUUCAGAUUGUAACAUGAAUUUAGUUUUCAAUUUUUCGGGUACCGAUAUGGAAUUUAUGAUAAAUUGGUUUGAAGGAGGCUGUUCACAGUUCAUUGAUUAAGUUACCUGCUAACGAAAAGCUGCACAGCUGUUAAAAUAAUUUUGUUAAGUGAAGCCUCUGGAUGAAAUGAAAAACAAGUCUUAAAUUGUAUUAAUCUGAAUGAAAAGAAGUCCUAGAUUCACUGUUAUGUAUGUGGAAUAAGACAAACCUGGUGGGAAAUGUUUCAACAAGGUUUAUCUUCAGACAGUGGUAUAAAACCUAGUCUUAUAUUCUCUUCUGUGAGGUGUUAUACAUUACUUUCAAUUUGAUUUAAAGGGACAUCACCGUGGAAACCGAUUGAUAUAUCUCCUACUUGGCUGAUGGGGGACUGGUUUGCAUGCUUGUAUGAUAACCUUAGGGUAAUUCAUCCUUGAAUACAGUUGGUCCAUAUUUACACCAUAUAUAGCUCAUACCAGAUUCAAUUUGGGUGGUCAUUGGACAAGUUGACCAUUACUUCCUGAUUCAGGGUAGGGAAUAUCUGUUAGAGCCCCUGCUGUCAUAUUUCUAUAAGAAAUUAAAUAAACCUGUGGUUUACACCCCAAAACAUGUGUAAUUGCUAUAUCAAUACCCAGUCCAUCCUGAAAGUCAAGUUUGACCACUAAAAGCACUGAUUAAGACUUAACGCAUAUUUGCUGUGAAAUGUAACAUUCUCCAGAACAUUGCACUCCAUUUACAACAGCUCAAACCUCAUUCAGCCUCUGUAUUUAAAUCACAUCAUUUCACCAUCACAGUUUCCCACAUUGGAGCCCCUUCUACAUUACAUGCUUCCUUAUGGCAUUGGAUUUGCUUAAGCAAGGAUGUUUCCUUAUUCGUACAGCAAUUAUUUCAUUGUUUGAAAAUUUUUCAUCUGUUACAUUGACUUCCUAUCCUUAAUAUCCAGGAGUAUUUGACAACUCCUCACUGAAAUACAUUGACUCUUUGUUUGUCAGUCCUUCGCUUUUGACACCAUAUCAUUUACAGCAACAAGUGUUUAAUGCAUACUCAGUCCAUUCCUUCAAAACUUCAUUAGUGAUAUAAAGUCUCUUUAACUUGUUUGUUGAUGAAUAGGGAUACUCGUGUUAUCAAUUAUUGACUGUUUCUUGACAAAAUCUGACUACAUUUAUACAUAAGGACCUGCACCACAUUCUUAAUGUACAUUUUGAAAUUUUAAAAAAAAAAAAAGUGAAAAAGGGGAAGAAAAAAAUAUUGCACGGUGAUGUCCCUUUAAUAUUAACAGGACUGAUAACAAAUGUCCAAAAAAAAAUAUCUUUCGAAAUGUAGUUGAAGUUUCAGUAUUUCAUUUUUUAUUUUUAUUUUUUGUUUUCAAGUUGGGGCCAACAAUUUUAGUGUGACUUCGUUCCUGUUUAUCUUGAUGACCUCUAAAUAAACCUUUCUGACAUGAGAUAACUUUACUUUUUAUGAAUAUACUGUAAAAUCAUGCAUUUUUGUGGGAGAUUUAUUUUCUAUGAUUUUGUGGGUAUUCAUAAUCCCAAAAUUUGAAUGAUUAAGCAAAUAUUUCUUUAGCCAUAUAUCUAAUCACAAAACUAGGUGUCCAGGAGAACAUAUUUUUUAGAAAAUUAAUGAAAAUUUAGCCCCACAAAAAUAUAUGAUUUUUCAGUAGUAAACUAUUUGUUAAGGUGUUUGUAGAAAUGUAUUCCUCCUCUUUUUGGAAGAGUUAACUUCAGCUGUUGUGUUACUGCUAGAGUUCUCUCUCUUCAUUUUUUUGUCUUGGGUUUUAACGGUAAGAGAUUUCUCUGUCAUCCUCUACGACAUGACAGAUAGCAGGUGCUAUGUCCUACUUACAAUAGAGUAGUGGCAUUGUGUUGUGUAACAAAACCAUGUGGCAAUUUGAUAACACCAUCCAUUUCAUUGCACAAUUUAUAGAAAAUGGUUAAUGGUGUGAUAAUGGCAAUCCACAUGCUUACCAGCAAACUUUCUUUACUAGGGUUGAGAUAUCCAAGUCCAGAAAACUGACCCAUGUUAUUCUAUUAAUCACCUUCAUGUGACAGUGGGAUUUUGCUCAAACUUGCUUAAAAGUUUCACAGAGGGAUUCAGCUCAAACUUGUUGGUCCUUACCAGAGAUGUCAUUUUUUUUUUUGAGUCAGUCUAAUAUCCAACAUUGCUGCCAUCUUGAAAAACAUUUUAACUUUUUCUGAAGUUACACCAGUGGGAUCCAGCUGAGACUUGCUUAAAAUGAUCCUGAGGUGGACCUGACCAAGUGUUGAUAUUUUUCAGGUUGGUGUGAAAUCCAAUAUGACUACCAUCUUGAAAAAACACUUUCACACUUUGGCAUGAAGUUUGGUGAGAAUGUUGAUUUAUUACCUUGGAUGCUAAAAUUCAGAAUCGUUUGAAUCCUAUUUAUAACUGUUACCAACUUCCCUAUCACUACUGCUAUCAUAUUAUUGAUAAAUCUUUAUAGUCAGAGGACCAUUAAGGCCAUGGGCCUCUUGUUUGAAAUUCUUUAUACUUCAUUUUUCAAGAUACAUAAAGUGAUUUUAGGACAUUCUUUCAUGAAACCUAAAAUGCUUUCAAGCAUUCUUAGUUAUUCAUUGAAGUCCCUUACAUAUUUGACAAUGCUACACUGGCACUCUAGCUGUUGAUGUAAUUAAGCUAUUGAUCAGUCAGUGUAUCAAAGGCACAUUGGAACUGUCCAAUGUCAGUGAUUUAGGCAGACAUAUGGUUGGAGGCAUAUAGACUUUCCAGAUUUAGUGAUACUUUGAACAAGCACCUGUUUUGACAGUAGUUUGUAAAAGGGAAAGCAUUACAGGAUAUUAUAUUUUUAGUGAUCUAUUCUUAAGUGCAGUACACACUGUCUGUGAAAAUAUUUUAGCAAUAAACUUUCCAAAUUUCCACAGCCAGUUUGUGGAAUGAUUUGGUGCUUUAACAGUCUAAAAGUUGUGUCACGGCUCUAAGUGACUGUUAUUCAUAGUAUGUAAUUAAGAGAAAUACGAUACGAAAUGGUGUUCACCUGAGGACCAGUGGCUUUGAGAGCAAUUUUUGAGUGAGUAGAGUUAGUGGAAGGGGCAUAACUCUUGGUAAACUAGAAAAACUUGUGUGGUAUUGGUUUUACAUUAAAUCAACUUUUUGAUAAGUGCUGACUGUUGGGAUGACAUGAUGUGUGUAUUAGGUGGCCACCACUGUUUUCUGAUUUGAAAGCUGUAUGUUUACUGCGUGUACAUGAAUGGUAAGCAGACUGCCCAAUUGUUUGAAUGCUGUACGUUUUGUGUGUAAUGUUUGUUGGAUGGCAGGCUGCCCAUAAGUUUGAAUGCUGUAUGUUGUGAAUGUCUUGUUAGGUGCUCACUGAGCUGCCUGAUGGAUGUCUAGUAUCUCUUUGUACAUAACAUAGGUGUGACCUUGUACAGAACACUUUCAUAAGAAUUGGAUUCCCAGUUGCUUUUGAUGUGGAGUAAAACAUUUUUAUUAGUCUUUAUUUCCUUUAAGCCAUUACUCUUUCGAUAUUCACAAAACAUUUCUUUUGUCAUCUUCAAUUCAAGGUUACAGAAUUGUAUGUGAUUAUUAAUUUUCCAGCUGUGUUACACAUUAUAUGUCAUCCUAUUGGUUUAUUUAAGUACCUCAUUCUUAUUCCUUAAUACUUGCUUAGUGUUUACUGGUCUGACCUUACUUCUUGUGAGAGGAAAAAAAUUACACUUUUUUUUAAAAAAGAAAUAUAAGAGAUAUUAUUAUUCCCUCACUUAAAAAUCUAAAGUUAAAAAUAAUUUUCUUUGAAAAUUUUUACUGUAGAUUUUCAGUUGUAUUUAUAUCCAUUAAGGAACCAGCUAUAUAUUUAUUUUCACUACUGAUAGAAAUCAGUGACUCUAACAUGCUAUCAUUGGUUAAUCUGACCACGAGGUAAUGUCUCCUUGACUAGGUACAUUCUACUUGAUAGUGGCCACAGGCUAACAAUCUUUUGUUUUUUAAUCCUGUCUACUUUUUAACCCCAUAUCCAGUUUCUUCCAAAUUACUUUGUGUGUAACCACAUCGGAACAUGGGAAUCAGUGUAUCACGGUUCAUCAGUCAGUAUGUCUGCUACUGUAAUAUGUAUCAAACUGCAUGAGCUUACAAUGCACCACUAAACAAGGGAAUGGUGUAGAUAGCCUCAUUGUUCUCUACAUGUUUAUAGUAUCUGUUGAAAGAAAUAAAAAUUCAAAACACUUGA